GAUAUCGGUGGGAGACAUUGUUCUGAUCGACACGAGGGACCGGCCCAGAGUCUACUGGCAGAUGGGACGUGUUCUACAACUCAUUCACAGCAACGAUGGUCGCGUCCGACAGGUCAUCCUGAAGACUGCAAAAGGACAAGGUCGGUAUGCCACGCGGUUGUUGUACCCGCUCGAGGUGCGGGCUGUUCACGCUGGGACAGCCGCGGAUGGGUGUAACAGUCGAGUGGACGGAAACAGUCUCAGGACAGAACCACCAGCUGACAUCUCGCGCCCGAACGUUCGCCCUGCAAGACGAGCGGCAAGUGGACAGAGGCAACUGGUUCAGGAUCUGAUCCAGUCAGGUUCUUUGUAGAACCUGCAAUCAAGCGCACAAACAAGUGUACCACAUCAUCAUCAUCAUUGUUCACAUCAUACUUCAAUCACACCACUUAACAACAACCAACUCAUGACAGAACAAAACACAUGACAUGCUUGACUCCUCUGUCAAGCAUCUCGCCUGGGGAGUGUGAGAAUUAUUCACCGUCUUCCACUCCUCACAUCCUUUCCAUGCAUAUUUCCUAGCCUUGAUUCCUCACCAGCGCCACCUAUGCCAAAUUUGCCCAUUUAGUCUCGCUUGGUAGCCGCUAGAUGGCAGGAAGUGUGGCUCUAACCGCAUCGGUCAUAGAAGUGCGUGUCGACUUGACCCUGAAAACCGUUGUCACGUGACUGGCACGAUGCCAAAAUCAGCUGUUUGUUCAGCUGUUCAAAUGAGCUGCGCGGCAGGGUGCGGCACUGAAAAAGUGGCAGAUACAUACUGGAAUCACGGGCAGGGACAGUCUGGAAGCCUCGUGGUUGUUUGAACGCUGUGUGACACAAGAACCAGCAAACUCAAGAAUAGUGACGAUAUCAACCCGAUCAAGAAGCCAUACUAAAGGUUUACUUUGAGCGUAAAGCCACUGAGUUUUACAAGGAUUUGGACACGAGGGCAAGAAUUACUGAGUUCUGUACAAACAUUCAAGAAGCGCAUACCAAGGGACAUUUAAAUUCAGCAAUGUCUGCAACUGCAUGUUUUAUGUGCUGCACUAUCUCUCCUGGCAGUGUGCCAGCCCUGGACACAAUUUGUCUGCCUUCUGGCAAGUCUGUAGCUGAGCAGCUAUGCAGAGGCUUAGGUGGAUAUCUGCUGCCAUUAAUGCCUCAACAUGUGGCUUGUAUUUCGUGUCAACAAACUGUAAGCCACCUUGACCAGUUGUGGGCAGAAGCUGAAAGACUUCAAAACAUUUUAUCAGAUAAAUUUAUCAAAGCUUUGCAUCACAACCAGGAGAAGAUCAACAGUUUGAUGACACCAGAAACUGAAGGUGUACCAGCUUCCAGCUCCUUGCCUGGUGGCCAUCUACCAUCACCAGUUGAUGUGGAUGAUCCCAGUUAUGUGGCCACCAAACUACAACAUGAAGACAUUUAUUGUCCACCAGAUGACUCAUCACAGGCCUCUGAGCCUGAUAGUCCCACCUAUGUUAUUAUGGAUGAUCCUGGUAGUUUGCAUGAAGAACAUUGCCACUCUCAGUUUGAUUCUGUUGGCAUGCAUACAGCUGUUCAGACUCAGAACAGCUCAGAAUUUGUGGAUUCAGAGGAUAAAGAAAUACACCAGUCUGGUGAAAUCACCUUUAUCCCAAACACACAGGUCACAAACCUCACUCGUACAGAUAACACGGAAGUUCCUGAAACUGAAGAAUCCCACGAGCCUGCUCCUCCUUCCCAAGCAUCCAGUCGCGCCGCGAGAACGGGUCCGAAGACGUGCCCGCACUGCGGUAAGACGUACCGCCGAUGGAGGGACUUGGACACGCACCUCAGCACGCACACUGGCAGCCUGCCGUACCAGUGCGCCGAGUGCGGCCGGCAGUUUGCCUCGCGGCGCCGCCUGAUCGACCACCAGCGCGGCCACGCCGGCGGCUGGACCUGCCAGAUCUGCAACAAGGUGUUCCGGCACCCGUCCAGUCUGCAGCACCACCGGCGGCAGCACGAGCGGCAGGCGCCGGCCGCCGUGUGCCCCAUCUGCUCGCUCUCCCUCUCCAGCGCCGCCCACUUGCGCGACCACCUGCGCACUCACUCGGACGAGCGGCCGUUCCAGUGUCGCUCCUGUCCGCGCGCCUUCCGACAAGCGUCCACUCUACGUGUGCACUCCCGAAUACACUCGGGCGAACGGCCGUUCCAGUGCGAUGCUUGCGGGAAGGGAUUCCGCGCCCGCGCGGCGUUCAUGACGCAUCUGCAGCAGCACGGCGCGGUGGAGCCGCGUUUCUCGUGCGAUACGUGCGGGAAGACGUUCUUCUACAAGAGUAAGAUGGAGCGUCACCGCGCCACGCACGGAGGUCCGCAGGCAGCCUGCUGCGAGCAGUGCGGAGCGACGUUCAGCUCGGUGGCGGCGCUGAACCGCCACCAGGUGACACACAGUUCCCAGAGGCCGCACGGCUGCCCCGACUGCGGACGCAAGUUCAAGGAGGCCGGCGUGCUGAGGAAGCACCAGCGGCAGAUGCACGCGGCAGACGCGGCGCAUGAGUGCUCCGUAUGCGGCAAGCGGUGCGCAGGGCCGUUCAAGCUAAGUGAACACAUGCGAACACACACUGGGGAGCGACCGUUCGGGUGUCCGCUGUGCCCAAAGUCGUUCACUCAGGCGGUGCAUCUCAGUAAGCACCAGAGGACGCACCAGCGGACGGAGGCGCCACUGGAAUUCGGGACCGUGUGACCGGCGGCCGUCACCGUCAUUAUUGUAAGGCUGUGACUCGCGACUUGUGAUCUGCCCUCUUUUCGGGAUAUUUUUGUGAGAUACCUACGUGACAUGAUUAUGUUGUUUAGACCUCAUUUCAAACAAGUCAUUGAUCACGGAAAGAAGAAUGUCUCAUAAAAGGUAUAUUUUCGUAACA